AUGCAUUCAUUUUCCUUUUCUGUGCAAGAGACGCCAUCAUCGAUCAUGCCGCCGACCGUAACACCUGAUGAAUUUGACGAGAUUUUGCAAGACGUAGAGACCAAUCGUAGCCAAGACGAUAAGCAGGAAGUUCCACACUUGUUAUCAAAUGGUGACCAUAUCGAUGAUUAUGUUGUCGGCAGCCUUAUCAGUAUCGGAGGAUUUGGGCAGGUGUACAGUGGUUUCCAUCGUGCGACGUGCAAGCGAGUAGCGAUCAAAGUAGAAACAACUACAGCGGCCUACGACUACAUCGUUGUGGAUCAUGGAACGGAUGAUAUCAGCACUGCAAUUCAUUCAUUCUCAUGGGUGGUUGCACAGGAUCAAUGCCGAUGGGAUGACUUAUGGUCGGUUUACUACAUUGCAAUUGAAAACAUGGUCGGUGCAUUACCUUGGCGAUUUGUGACUGACAAAAACAAGGUGGCCGAAAUGAAGACCAACUAUGAAUUUAAUAAACUUCAGUAUGGAGAGGAGCCCUGCAUGCCUCGUCCGUUACAAAUACUCUCCUAUCAUUUAUGUGACGCCUAUCGGGAGCAGGAUUCAAGCUUCUACUCGACACCUCCGUAUGGUCGCAUAAUCCGUGAAGUGGAGCACGAUUUGGGUCAGAGACAUUUCUACCAGAAUUCUCCGCUCGAUUGGGAAUCGAACCAGAGUGUGGCGUUUCCUGUACCUGGAGUCCAUGAUAACAGUGGCCAAGACAAAAACUCGUCAUGUGUGGAUCGACCAUUGUACGAUCCCUAUGGAAAGCAAUCCUUUUACUGUUUCUGA